AUGACAAUCCAACGGCAGGGCUCUUGGAGCUACCCAUCCGUGGGUAGCGGUGCUGGGGAUGAUCUCUAUCGGACUGUUUCCACUGCUCUCUCGCGGACAUUCAGCGCCGGGAGGAAGUCGAACGACGACAGACCUGAACAGGAUUCCAGCGACGGCGAUGAGUGGACCAGAAAGACCGAGGACUGGAGGAUGAUGGAUGAGAUCAAGGAGAUAUCAAAAGCAUCAAAAGACAGGAAAAUAGGCGUCACAUGGAAGGAUCUGACCGUCAAGGGCGUGGGAUCAGAUACCGCCAUCCAGGAAAAUGUGCUGAGUCUCUUCAACAUACCUGCCCACAUCAAAGAAAACCGGAAACCGAGUCUGAACACCAUCAUCGACAACAGCCAUGGAUGCGUGAAGCCGGGAGAGAUGUUACUGGUCCUCGGUCGGCCCGGAGCUGGGUGCACCACGUUACUGAAGAUGCUCGCCAAUCGACGACUGGGCUAUGCUGAAAUCUCUGGCGACGUCAGAUACGGCUCGAUGGAUGCCAAGGAGGCGAAGAAGUAUAGGGGUCAGAUCGUCAUGAACACCGAAGAAGAACUGUUUUUCCCGACGCUCACCGUAGGCCAAACCAUUGACUUUGCGACCCGUAUGAAAGUCCCACACCGCCUUCCAGAGGGCAUAACAGACCCCAAAGAAUACCAGCGCAUGAGUCGCGACUUCCUCCUCCGCUCAAUGGGCAUUGAACACACGCACGAGACCAAAGUCGGCAACGAGUUCGUCCGUGGCGUGUCCGGUGGCGAGAGAAAACGAGUAUCCAUCAUCGAGACAAUGGCCACAAGGGGCUCCGUUAUGUGUUGGGACAACUCGACGCGAGGUCUCGAUGCCUCUACCGCCCUUGAAUACACUCGCUGCAUCCGCGCAAUGACCGAUGUCCUCGGACUCAGCUCCAUCGUCACACUCUACCAGGCCGGCAACGGUAUCUAUGACCUCUUCGACAAAGUCCUGCUCUUGGACGAAGGCAAGCAGAUCUACUACGGGCCAAUGCACCAAGCAAAGCCUUUCAUGGAAGAUCUCGGCUUCCUAUAUACUGACGGUGCGAAUGUUGCCGACUUUCUGACGGGUGUCACCGUGCCUACUGAGCGCCGCAUUGCGCCUGGUUUCGAAGAUCGCUUCCCUCGAAAUGCCGAUGCCAUCCGCGAUAUCUAUGACAAGACUACUAUCAAAUCCAACAUGGCUGCAGAAUAUAACUACCCGGAGACCGAAGAGGCCAUAGCACUCACCAAGGAGUUCCAGGAGCACGUCCAAUACGAGAAGCACCCGAGCCUGCCCAAGAGCUCGCCUUUGACAGUAAGCCUCGUCACCCAGAUCAAGGCCGCCGUCGUCAGACAAUAUCAGCUCCUAUGGGGCGACAAGAGCACCUUCUUUAUCACUCAAGGCUCAAACAUUUCGAUAGCACUUAUUGCCGGCUCUCUCUUCUACAACGCACCCGACAACACCUCUGGGCUCUUCGCAAAAGGCGGUUCCAUCUUCUUCACUUUGCUAUAUAAUGCGCUCUCGGCCAUGUCCGAAGUUACAAGCUCAUUCGCUGCGCGCCCUGUCCUGGCUAAGCAUCGCGGAUUCGCACUGUACCAUCCCGCGGCGUUCUGCUUGGCUCAAAUCGCCGCAGACAUACCUCUCAUCUUCGUUCAGGUCACGUUUUGGUGUGUUCCUGAGUACUGGAUGACCGGUCUCCAGGGAACCGCAUCGGCCUUCUUCACCUUCUGGGCGAUCGUAUUCGCAAGUGCCAUCUGUAUGACAUCCUUCUUCCGCAUGAUCGGAGCCGCGUUUCCGACGUUCGACUCAGCCUCUCAGGUCUCUGGCUUCAUGAUCUCCGCGUAUGUUAUGUACGUCGGCUACAUGAUCCCGAAACCCAACAUGCAUCCGUGGUUCGUGUGGAUCUACUGGAUCAACCCGCUGGCGUACGCAUUCGAGGCGCUAUUGGGCAAUGAAUUUGGCGGCACAACCAUUCCUUGCGUCAAUGCCAACCUCGUUCCCCUCGGCCCCGGGUAUAACGACUCGAACUUCCAAGCCUGCACGGGCGUGAGAGGUGCUCCUCUCGGACAAGCUUCUUUGAGCGGUGACGACUACCUGGCCGGCCUCUCCUACGAUGCUUCCAACAUCUGGAGAAACUUUGGCAUCCUCUGGGCCUGGUGGGUGUUUUUCGCUGCCGCCACCAUCUUCUUCACCAGCCGAUGGAGCCAGAUCUCGGGCAACUCGGGCUUUCUAGUCAUCCCACGCGAGAAGGCGAAGAAGGUCAAGUUCUUGACUUCUGACGUCGAAUCGAAACCUUCCGGGGACGAGAAGAUUCGCGCCGGUGAUGAAAAGGCAGUUGGGGAGAAGGAAGCCAGCAUUGACAACCAACUCGUCCGCAACACCUCCGUCUUUACGUGGAAGAACCUGACGUACACUGUCAAGACACCAUCCGGUGAUCGUGUCUUGCUGGACGACGUGCAAGGAUGGGUCAAGCCUGGUAUGCUCGGCGCUCUCAUGGGUUCGUCCGGUGCAGGCAAGACGACGCUGCUGGAUGUCCUCGCGCAGAGGAAGACGGACGGCACGAUCAAGGGAAGCAUUCUCGUUGACGGUCGCGAACUCCCCGUCUCUUUCCAACGCUCGGCUGGGUAUUGUGAACAGCUCGAUGUCCACGAGCCCCUCGCUACCGUCCGAGAGGCUUUGGAGUUCUCUGCUCUGCUCCGCCAAAGCCGCGAUAUCCCUCGCGAGGAGAAGCUGAAGUACGUCGACACAAUCAUCGAUCUUCUGGAGAUGCACGACAUCGAGAACACUCUGAUCGGCACGACUAGCGCUGGUCUAUCCGUCGAACAGCGAAAGCGCCUCACGAUUGGAGUAGAGCUCGUCUCCAAGCCAAGCAUUCUGAUCUUCCUCGACGAGCCUACGAGCGGUCUCGACGGCCAGGCUGCCUUUAACAUCGUCCGUUUCUUGCGCAAGCUCGCCGACGUUGGCCAAGCCGUUCUGGUCACCAUCCAUCAGCCUUCCGCCUCCCUGUUCGCACAGUUCGAUACUCUUCUCCUUCUCGCCCGAGGAGGCAAGACGGUCUAUUUUGGAGACAUUGGAGAGAACGGCUCGACGAUCAAGAGCUACUUCGGCCGCUAUGGCGCUCCUUGCCCUCCCAACGCCAACCCUGCGGAACACAUGAUCGACGUCGUGUCGGGCAGUUUCAGCAAAGACCGCGACUGGAAUCAGGUCUGGCUCAGCAGUCCCGAAUACGCUGCAAUGACCACGGAAUUGGACCACAUGAUUGAAGAUGCCGCGUCCAGGCCGCCGGGUACCACGGACGACGGCCACGAGUUCGCCACGUCCAUCUGGACGCAGAUCAAACUCGUCACGCACCGCAACAACCUCUCGCUGUACCGCAACAUCGACUACGACAUGAACAAGAUCGCCCUGCACAUCGGCUCCGCCCUCUUCAACGGCUUCACCUUCUGGAUGAUCAACGACAGCGUGCAAUCGCUCCAGCUCCGCCUCUUCACCAUCUUCAGCUACAUCUUCGUCGCGCCGGGCGUCAUCGCGCAACUGCAGCCCCUCUUCCUGGACCGCCGCGACAUCUUCGAGGUGCGCGAGAAGAAGUCCAAGAUGUACCACUGGUUCGCGUUCGCGACGGGGCUCAUCGUCAGCGAGAUCCCGUACCUCGUCGUCUGCGCCAUCCUCUACUUCGCCUGCUGGUACUACACCGUCGGCUUCCCGGCGGACUCGGACAAGGCGGGCGCCGUCUUCUUCGUCAUGCUCCUGUAUCAAUUCAUCUACACGGGCAUCGGGCAGGCCAUCGCCGCGUACGCGCCCAACGCCGUCUUCGCCUCCCUGGCCAACCCCCUCGUCAUCUCCAUGCUCGCCUGCUUCUGCGGCGUCCUCGUCCCCUACGACCAGAUGCAGGACUUCUGGAAAUACUGGCUCUACUACCUCAACCCCUUCAACUACCUCAUGGGCAGCAUGCUCGUCUUCACCACUUUCGACGCCCCCGUCGUCUGCCGACGGUCCGAAUUGGCCAUCUUCGAUACGCCCAACGGCCAGACGUGCGCGGAAUACCUGGCGGGCUACUUGCGAGGGUUCGGAGCGCGGACGAACCUGCUGAACCCGGACGCCAGGACGGGGUGUGAGGUGUGUCAGUACCGCACGGGCGCGGACUACCUGUACACGCUGAAUCUGCAUGACUAUUAUUUCGGGUGGCGGGAUGCGGGGAUCGUGGCGCUGUUCGCGUUCAGUAGCUAUGGGUGUGUGUAUGCGUUGAUGUGAGUUGCUUUCCUCAUGCCAGAAAAAUAGGCCCCUAUGAAGGGGAAUAAUGAAUGAAUGAUGAUUUGCUGACUAUGACGAUAGGAAACUGAGGACCAAGGCUAGCAAGAAGGCGGAGAAGUAG